AUGGAAUAACAAUAUCAAAAAAAAUUGUACAAUUAACUUUUAGAGUAGAUUUAAUCAAAAGAUCACUAUGAUAGCAAUUUAAAAUUAUUUUUAAAGCAACUCAGCAUUGAAAUCGAUUAAUAAAAUUUAUUAAAUUUGAUUAGUUAGCAGUUAGAUAAUAAAUCUAUUUACUUUAUAAGACAUGCAGAAUCAAAAUAUAAUUAAUGGAGAGAAAAAUCACCAUUAAAUUGGUCUAUUUUUUAUAAAAAUACACUUGAAAAUAUUGAUCCAGAAUUAACAGAUAAAGGAUAAUAAUAGACAAAAAAUCUACAACUUUCAGUAUUAAAAGAUUAUCAAAAUUUAAAAUUUGAUGUGGUGUAUGUGUCUCCUCUUUCUAGAGCUAUUGAUACAUUUGGAUUUUUAGCAUAUUAAGAAAAUAAUUAGAUUAUUGAAUAAUUUAAGUUAGCUAAAGUUUUAGCCUGUCAUUAUUUGAGAGAAAGAUUGGAUACUUGCGGAGAUAUUGGGAAGAGCUUAGAAUUUGUUAAAGAAGGGUUAUGCAAUAAGUGGAAUAUUGAUUCGUGCAUGAUCAAUAACGAUUAGUGGUGGUGCCAUACAUAGUUUGAUAAUUAAAAGUAAGGUGAAAUGUUCAAAUAAAAAACAGAAGAUUUUGAUAAAAUAUAAAGAAGAUUAAUAAUAAUUUUAUUGAUGAUAAUUUUUUCUGAAGAUAAGGUUAUAUGCUUAAUAAGCCACUCUAAUAUUUAUAAAUGCUUAAAGCUUAAAAAUAAAUUUUAGUCUCAUGGUAUUUAAAAUGCAUAAAUGAAGAUUUUAGAUAAAUAAACGAUUAUGAAAUUUUUAACAUAGACUAUAACAAAGCAUAUUUACUAAAAGUGA